AUGUGUAUUGGAUGUGCUAUCGAAUAUUCUUUCUCAUGUUGGAUAGGAAUGCACUUCGCUCAUUUGGCAACUGUUGUGGGCACCAUAUUUGCAGCUCAGCUGACAAAAUCUCGUCUCGUGGUUCCACAAAUUGUGGUGCUGGUUGUGGAAAUUGGUCUCUAUAUUCUGGGCAUAUUUGCUUUAGCAGUUAUCAGCGUCACUGGUGCUAGAGUGACUUGGAUGGCAUUGGUAACUGUGUUGUUCUUCGCCUUUUUCGCCAGCACAAAUCUUGUUCUGCUCGUCGCCUUCCAUCGCAUCCUGGAAGAGAAAAACAUUGCUCUGAAAGCCCUAUUGGCCACGAAAAGCGUACACUUCAAGGAACGACAAGCCUUAUGA